AUGGAACCACUGGCCGAGGCCAUCAGGAGUGUCACAGAGAGUUUUGGCGCGGCCAUCUCCAGCCUCAACGCAGUUCACCUGACAGAUACUGUGAUCCGCAGGAGUAAGAGGAUGAUGCUGGACACGUUGGGAGUGGGGCUCUUGGGGACCAGUACAGCGGUCUUCAGCAAGGCUCUACAGUACAGCCAGUUCUUCAAAUCAGUGGAGAGGAGCAGUGUGUGGGGAGGAUCUGGGAUGACACUGCCACCCCAGUAUGCUGCCUUCGCCAAUGGCAUAGCGGUGCACUCUAUGGACUUUGAUGAUACGUGGCACCCUGCAACCCACCCCUCUGGGGCGGUGCUCCCUGCCCUCCUGGCCCUGGCAGAGACUCUGCCCACCCAGCCAUCUGGCCUGGACUUGCUGCUGGCCUUCAACGUAGGCAUCGAGGUGCAAGGGCGACUCAUGAAGUUCUCCAAGGAGGCCCACAAUAUACCUAGAAGGUUCCACCCUCCUGCUGUUGUGGGAGUGAUGGGCAGUGCAGCAGCUUCAGCUAAGCUCCUAGCCCUCUCCCCAGCCCAGUGUGUCCACUCUCUGGCUAUCGCUGCCUCCUCCGCGGGGGCCCCCAUGGCCAAUGCAGCUACCCAGACCAAACCCCUCCACACUGGCAAUGCCGCCCGCAGAGGCCUGGAGGCCGCCAAGCUCGCCCAGCUGGGGCUGGAGGGAAGUCAGGCCAUCCUGGAUCUCGAGUCUGGCUUCGGGGUCUUCUACUCAGACUAUAGUCCCUCUGAGCUCCCUGGGACUAAUGAUGGUUGUGGUGGUGGGUUUCGAUGGGUUUUGGAGGAGCAGGAUGUGGCCAUCAAGCGCUUCCCGGCCCACCUGGGAAUGCACUGGGUGGUGGAUGCCGCCUUGGCAGUCCGGGCUAAGCUUGGAGCCUCCGGAGAACCUGACCUCUGUAAGGUCCAGAAGGUGGUGCUCCGAGUGCCUCCCUCCAGGUACAUUGACUGCCCCUUCCCAGCCAUGGAGCACCAGGCCAGGCAUUCAUUUCAGUUCAAUGCCUGCUCAGCCCUGCUGGACAACCAGGUGUCCGUGAACUCCUUCAGCGGGCCUCAGAUAGAAAGGCUGGCCUUGAGGGAGCUCCUGGCCAAGGUCAGAGUCGAGAACCCCCAAGACAACCACCCCAGCUUCGACAAGAUGUACUGCGAGGUGACAGUAGAGAUGGAGCAUGGGGAGAGUGUCACAGCCAGGUGUAAUACCUUCUACGGCCACUGGAGGAAGCCAUUGAGUCGGGAGGACUUAGUUGGGAAAUUUGAGGCGAACGCCUCCACUGUGCUUAGCCAAGAAGCUGUGGAGAGGGUUGUGGACUUUAUAGGGAAUAUAGAGAAGUGCCCGGACUGUACGGUGCUGGGGUCAUAUCUGCAGAUGAGCAGGCCGACAACCCAUCUCUUCAGAGAACACCUUGGCUAACCAAAAUCCCAGCACUCUCUCAGACCCCAUUUGCAUUAUCCCUCGUCGAACAGCCGUGACAGGAUUACAUUCCGAACACAGGCCUUGAAUUUAUUGCAAUUAUACCUGGCAUUAAAAUGCAUGCACUCUGGCUGCAUUGUGUUCGGAUCUCACUUUUUCCUCCCAUUUAUGCAACUUAGUUUGUGGUCACAAUUCAAGUAGUAGGCCUAAAUGAAAUAUAGCCUAUACAUCACAUGGUAUUCUGGUGCUUUCAUUGUUUUUUCAAAGGUCCAUUUCCAUUUUAUUAUGCUAGGCAUGACUGUAUUUGUACAGCAGACCAUCGGAUACAGUAUAUUCACCUCCAUUGGAUUUUUUCACAUUUUGUUGUGUUACAAAGUAGGAUAUAAUUGUCAUUUUUUUGUCACUAAUCUACACAAAAUAACUCAUAAUGUCAAAGUGAAAAGAAAAUUGUAUACAUUUGUACAAAUGAAUAAAAUUAAUCAUA